AUGACAAGUAACGGAAGUAAACAUCAAGAGAUCAUAGUCAAUUGUAUUUGGCAUUGUAAUUUAUCUAAUGCAAGAGAUAUUUCUAUCAAUCUCGAAAAUGCUCUUGAUAUAUCAUUCAAUUUAUUAUUAGAUGUUAUAAAUAAUUUUAAAUCUAUAAACGAUACUGAUCAUCUCGCUAGCGAUCAUCGUUCGAAUGGUCGAGUAGGAAUGUAUGGUAUAAGUUGGUCUGGUUUUAAUACUCUCAUGAUGAGUACUUUGCGACGACCAUUUGCUUUGAAAGCUCUGUUUACUGCACACGUUACUGAUGAUUUGUACAAAAGUGAUAUUCAUUAUUCAGAUGGUAUCAUGCACUUAGAUCAGUAUUUUAUUUUUAUUGAUCAUAGUAAUGCAAUACCAGCUCCGAUAGAUUAUAAUAUGAAUGACCAAUGGACAAGAGAACGGUUUAGACGAUGA